CUGGAGGCUCAAUUUAUACAGCUGCUCUGUUGGGUAACUUCCUUUUUCUUUAGCUGAAAAAUCUAGCCCAGGGGUCAGCAUCUCCUCUGUCUCUUUAACAUUAGGAUGCUGUUCUUCCUCUGACAGAAAAUACCGUUCUAGGGUUGUUUAAUCAAAGCAAAUACUGAACCCACAUUAAUUCAUCUUCACUGCUUCGCUACGAAACGGGAAGUCCCAAUGAACGGAGCAGCAUUCCCCUCUCCAACUGCAGAAAUGGCAGAAAUCAAUCGCAUCCAGUAUGAGAUUGACUACACGGCAGGCAUUAGCCAGAGCAUGAGGAUCCCAGAGAAACUCAAAAUAGCUUCAUCGGGUGGUGAGGCACGCCAGGGAGGUUCAGGGGACGCACACUAUCCCAACACCAUGAUGCAUGUUCCUGAGAGGAUUGUAGUGUCAGGUGACCAUGAAGAUGGCCAGUAUUCUAGACCAAGAGAUCUUGACCUGAUUCAGUCUACUCCUUUAGAAUCUCUGGCAUUGAAAACACCACCUCGUGUUCUCACUCUCACUGAGAGACCUCUGGAUUUUAUGGAUUUGGAGCAAUCAGUGACUCGGACCACUCAAAAUGAAGAGGCAUGUAUUGAGGAGGUGCGAACUCACAUGAAGAAGGAACGCUGUAUGAGUGAAAACACUGUUCGUCAGAAUGGCCAGAUGGUCCGAAAUGACUCCAUUGUGGCACCAUCUCCCUUGAUUCAGCCUCGCCUCUAUCCUCCUCUUACUUCGGCAGAUGAUGGACGAAACCUUUACACCGCUCGUGGUGUUUUGUCUCUAAUCCAAUCCACAACCCGUAGGGCUUACCAACAAGUCAUGGAAGUGCUGGAUGAAAACCACAGAAGUGGACCAGUGUUGCGUGGAGGGUCAGCUUCUGCCACUUCCUCUAACCCUCUGCAUGACUCCAGAUGUGGCCUUUCAACUUUAGAUUCAACAUUGGAAGGGACUUCGGAUGAUUUGACAGUUGUGGAUGCUACUUCCUUACGAAGACAGAUCAUUAAACUAAAUCGUCGUCUUCAGCACCUAGAAGAAGACAACAAAGAACGCGGCAAAAGGGAAAUGGUCAUAUACUCCAUCACAGUGGCUUUUUGGCUCAUCAAUAGCUGGAUGUGGUUCAGACGCUAGGAGUCUCGUUGCACUACCAAAAAUAAGCGACAAAGGCAUUUAUUUGUUUUGACGUGUGAAAGACCUGCCAAAUUUAUUUUUUUUCUGCACUUGGGCCAAGCACUGGAAAAACUCCAAAAAGUACAAAUAGGAAUUGUCAGGACAAAGGGACAUUCAAAGUAUUUUCUGUUGUAUGUAUGCAAUUAUUAUUAUUAUUAUUAUUAUUAUUAUUAUUAUUAUUAUUAUUAUUAUUAUUGGUGUAAAUAUUCCUAAAUUUAUUUGCAGAAUCUUUUAGUGGUAUAUAGCGUGUCACCACAAUGUCAACUUGUAAAAUACAACACAAAAAUAAGAAAGUAUUCAGUUCACAAAGACACUGCACUGUAUGAAAAUACAAAGAGCUUGAGUAGUAUGUGUGAAGAAAUAUAUAAUGUUUGAAAGUCUUGUGAUUUGUGCUACUGUUAUUGUACAGGACAAUUCCCAUGGAUGUGGACCAAUUUCUUCACCUCUGCACUUAUAUAUAUAUAUAUAUAUAAUUGCAUUUUAUGGUUAAAAAUAAACCAUUGUAUAUUAGUUCACUGUUUUAUUUUUCUCCACAUUGAAGUAAACAGUUGAACCCUUGUGCAGUAGUACCAAUAUAAAACCACAGGUAAUUGUGAUGCAUGAAGUAUCGAUAUCUUUAGACUUGCCCUAUGUAUUUCUUAUUUUCCAUGUAGAUUUUUUUUUUUUUUAAACUAAGAAUUUCUUUCACUUUUGUGUGUUUACAUGGGAUACAGCAUAAACAUAUUUUUCUUUCAAUAAAUGGUACCAGUAGCUGAAUAA